UUUGCAUUGCAGAAGUAGCCAAGGAGCCUCUGCUAGGUCAGAGCAGCGUGCACACACAGCUUCCUUCACUGAUACAAGCUCAUGAGAUGUGGUCGGACGGACGAGGAGGGGAAGGGAGGAGUCAGAGGGCAACCCGCCCCCCCUAAAGCUGCUGCGAUUUUGGUCACUGGCUCCAAGUCGUUUCAGUUCUGUGAAGCAUCUGAGCAAGCAGAAGGCAAGGAAGAACACCUUUGUGGAAAACACGUUGGGCUCUUCAGGAUGGACUUUUCUCCUGCUGGGUCAUCUGACCUGAACGAGGCUGAAGAGGCUGAAAUAGAGACAAUAAAGCAGCACAGAGAGGAGCUCUUAGAGGACAUUAAGAAGUUGAAGGAACAGAUCGCCCAAGUGUUUGCAGAGAUUGAAUGCUUCCAAAAUGAGGAGAGGCAAGAGACAGACCAUAAUGCUGGGGAGCAGACCAGCAAACUGUCACAGAGGGAUAAACUUCUGUCCCUGGGUCGGAAGAAAUUCAACAUGGACCCUGAAAAGGGGAUCCAGUACCUGAUUGAGCAACAGCUUUUGUCCUCAGACCUGCAGGAGAUCGCCAAAUUCCUCCACAAGGGUGAAGGCCUGAACAAGACAGCCAUUGGGGAUUUCCUGGGUGGGAGGGACCCCACAAACAUUCAGAUCCUCCAAGCUUUUGUGGCAUGUCACCAGUUUGCCAACCUCAACUUGGUGCAGGCACUAAGACAGUUCCUAUGGAGCUUCCGUCUGCCUGGGGAAGCACAGAAGAUUGACCGCAUGAUGGAGGCCUUUGCCAACUGGUACUGCAAGUGUAACCCAGGAGUAUUCCAGUCUACAGAUACCUGUUAUAUACUCUCCUUCUCUAUCAUCAUGCUUAACACUAGUCUGCACAAUCCCAAUGUGAAAGAUAAACCCCCCUUUGAAAGAUUUGUAUCCAUCAACCGAGGCAUUGACAAUGGAGCAGACCUGCCAGAAGAGCUCUUAAAGAAUCUGUUUGAGAGCAUAAAGAACGAGCCGUUCUCCAUACCAGAAGAUGAUGGGAAUGAUCUGACACAUACUUUCUUCAACCCUAGCCGCGAGGGAUGGCUCCUGAAACUAGGAGGACGUGUGAAAACCUGGAAGCGCCGCUGGUUCAUUCUGACCGAUAACUGCCUGUACUACUUUGAAUACACCACGGACAAAGAGCCUCUGGGCAUUAUCCCCCUGGAGAACCUAUCAGUCCGGAAGGUGGAUGACCCCAAAAAGCCAAACUGCUUCGAGCUCUUCAAUCCCAACUGCAAAGGGCAGAAGAUCAAAGCCUGCAAAACAGAUGGAGAUGGGAAGGUGGUUGAAGGCAAGCAUCAGUCCUACAAGAUCUCAGCAGCCACACCAGCAGAACGUGAUGAGUGGAUUGAGGCAAUAAGGACCAGCAUAACACAGGAUCCUUUCUAUGAUCUGGUCUCCGCCCGAAAGAAGAAGAUUGCCAACAAAAACUGAGCCCUGACCUGGUCACUGGCAGCAAGAAAAUGUAUUUGUUGGGCAGCCUCCCUCUCAUGCAGGGCACUUCCAGUGAAGAAAUUCAGAAAUACUGGCUCCCUCUGCCUCCCACAUGGUAGGAAGAUGACUGACAGGACAACAUAGCAGAUUUGCUUCUUCCUUUUCCAACCUGAAGGCAGAGGCACUGGGUGCAACCCGCUGAGGACUGUCAGAGCUGUGGGCAGAGCAUUUCCCAUGUCAUGACACAAAGGCUCCACAGUGUCUAGCCUUUGGGUUCUUCCGUAUAGCUCCAGGCAUGAGGGACAGGAUUUGAGGGGAGAAGAGAAUGUCUCCAGCAUGUCUCCAGCCCACAGGCAACCCCUCCAGCUAUCAGAUGAGGCCUGGUUAUUUUUCUGAGGAACCAUGUGGGUGCUCUCAGGCCAGCAAAGCAUGGUCCGGUCAGUUGCAGAGUAGAAAAGCUCCAUUGGUUUCUCUUCCUUGAACAGAAAUGCAGUGGUUAUAGCGAAGGUGCCACUGAUAGUUAGGAACUCCAGGAUGAAAUCAGAGGACAAGGGAAGAUAAGAAACCUUCUGUUCAGAAGAGAGCCCUCCUUGCCUCUUUUUAUAGCCAUGGGGGCUGUAAUCCUGGAAAGCCCCUGCUCUGCAGCUGAGACACAGGAUUUAGGAAGUAAUUGUUGUUAGAUGGGGAGAUAAGGUGUGCACUGAGUGCACAGAGGCUGCUGGGCCAGGGAAGCAGCUCUGGGUCUUGGUCUCUCUAUUUUAAUACUCAGGGACCACCACAGGUCCCCCCAGGGAAGAACCCCAAACACUAGCUCUCCUCCUGGCUGAUGGCUUCUCAGCAAACUUUGCUUCCUGGCACCAACCCAGAGGCCCAAACCGUGCAUCUGAAAGGUCUGCAGCCAGCAGGCAUGACAAAUCAGAGGUGCGUACGCACCACACACACAGAGGCAAGCACACACAGAGGCAUUCCCACCUUCACAGACUGGUUUCACCUGGCGCCUGCUGCUUUUGUCUCUUGUGUGAAGAAAUAAAAGUGUCUGAAACAAGCCGAAA